GGGGGGGGGGGUCGGUGCCUCGCGGGGGCUUUGUUCUGUCCCGAGUGGAGACGCACCGCCAGCCCGCUGCGGACGUCGACCGGGGCCGGGCCGGUGGACUGAAUGACCGGCUGGUGAGUUCCGCGCGGAGUGGAGGAAGCCGUGGGAACCAACCAUGGACGUGACUCUGUCCGAGUUACUGGCCGCUUUCAUGGAGUCGCCGCUGGUGGUGUGGGUGCGGAUGCUGGGCCCGUUGGGUUCAUGUGACGACGUGGGCUCCGAGGAACGGGUCAGCAUGUUCAUGGAGCUGGUUGACGGCGUCUUCCUGCACAAGAUCAUGACACACAUUGACCCCAGUCCCAGUAAUCAGAGGCUGAACAAGAAUGUGAACAAUGAUGUGUCGCUUCGCCUCCACAACCUGACCGUUCUCACCAGACAAAUCAGGACGUACUACCAGGAGAACUUGCAGCAGCUCGUAGUCAUGCCCCUUCCCAACAUACUCUGCAUCGCCAAGGAUCCAAUAUCAGCCAAGAGCAUGGAGGAACUGAAAAGACUUUUGUUGCUGAUAUUAGGCUGUGCUGUUCAGUGUGAGCGUAAAGAGGAGAUGAUAGAGAAGAUCAAGCUGCUGGACAUUGAGACCCAGGCUGCCAUUGUCUCUCACAUCCAGGAGGUCACCCAUAACCAGCUGAACGUCCUAGACCUCUCCUGGCUGGAAGACGGAGCAGAGCUGGUGCAUGAAGAGCUGGAGCCUCUGUCACGUAACAUGGCUUCAUCUCUACGGCAACUGAUCGACCAAAGAGAUAAAGCCUGUGAGGUGAUUUUGGAUCUGACCCAGGAGAGGGAUUACCUGUUCAGUCAGCAGCCCCAGGACGGCUGCAGGAACCUGGGCAUGGGCAGCCCGCAGCGAGGGCAGUGCUCCGGAGGUGUGGGGGUGUCUGGGCUGACCAAAGAAGAGAAACAGCAUCUGUCUGUGGAGCUCGCUGAUACCAAGGCCAAGCUGCGCAAGUACAGACAAGAACUGGAGGAGAAAACAGAGCAACUGAUGGAUUCAAAACAUGAAGUGGAGCGUCUGGAUCAGGAGUUACAGCGACUGAAACAAGAGAACCAGUCGCUGUCUUGUGAGGCCCGUUCGGCCCGGGUGUACCGGGACGAGGUGGACUCGCUGAGGGACCGAGCUUCCAGGGUGGACCGACUGGAGACCGAACUGACCCGGUGUAAAGAAAAACUCAACGAUGUUCACUUCUACAAGACCAGAGUGGAGGAGCUUCGUGGGGACAACAUGACUCUGAUGGAGACAAAGAUGUUGCUGGAAGAGCAGCUGUCAGCCACUAGGGGGCGCUUUGAAAAACUCCACACAUUGGAGAAAGACAACCUGUUACUACGAGCUAAGAUACACGACCUGGAAAUGGAGAGGGACAAUGAGCGUCAGAGGCUGGAGGAGCUGGUGGAGGAGAACAUGCUGCUGGAGAUUGGACAGAAACAGAGUAUGAACGAAUCAGCUCAUCUCGGCUGGGAGCUGGAGCAGCUGGCCAAGAACCAUGACAACACUAACACAGAGACUCGUAAGUCAUUGGUCCACGAGCUGAAUGAGUGCGUUUCCAGUCGAGCGCUUAAGCUGGAGAAGGAAAACCGGGAGCUCCAGGCUUCUAUAGAGAGACUGAAAGAAGAGAACCACGUCAUGCAGGAGCAGCAGCUCCACACCCAGGAGCUGGACAGGGAGAACCAGAGUCUCAGCAAGAAGUUGGAGCGUCUCCAGGGCCUGUUGGACCAGGAGAGACUGACCAAUCAGGACAUGGAAUCUCUGGGAGAGGAAAUCUUGAAGGAAAAGCAGAGUCUGGAGAGAGAAAUGCAUGGUCUGAGGGCAGAGAAGGAUCGACAGAUCUCAGAGUUGGAGAGUGAGAAGCAGCACCUGUCUGAUGUGGUGGUGUCCCUCCAGGAGCGCGCCCAGUCUAACAGCAAGGCGAGGGUCCGAGAGGUGGAAACAGAGAACCGUUUACUGCACCAGAACAUCACCGACACCAGCUCCCGAUUGGCCAGCUUGGAAAGUCAACUCAAAGUAUCCAGUGAGGAGGCAGACAGGCUGAGGGAGAGGGCAGGGCGGUGCGAGGAGGUGGAGAGAGAGGCGGCGAGGCUGGAACGGAGCCGGGACACACUGAACAGAGAGGUGGUGUCUCUGCGUACAUGCAGCGAGCGGUCAGAGGCUCUGGAGAAGCAGGUGUCCACCCUGGAGCAGGAGGUGCACCGGCUGAAGCGGGAGGCAGAGGAGGCUCAGCAACAGCUGCAGCAACUGGGGAGGCAAGAGGCGGAGAACGGCCUGCUGUCAAAGGAGAACCUGGACCUCCGCUGCUCAGUGGAAAACCUGCGCUCCUCGUCCGCUCGCCUAGCCACCCUACAGGAGGAGCAUAAGGAGGCGCAGAAAGAGAAACAGGAGCUGAAGAGGAGAGUGGAAGAGGUCAGAGAGGAGGCACAGGCAGAAAGGAAGAGGGCAGAAAGGCUGGAGUUGAACAUUGCAACUCUGAAUCAGGAGAAGCAUCGCUUAGCAGAGGAAAUAGAGAGGAGUAAAGAGGAGAGGGAAGAGGUAGAGAGAGAGACGCGGGAGACGCACAACAGAGAGGAGGAAUGGAGGAGGGAGGUGGAAGACCUGAAGGAGGAGCGGAAAAGGAGGGAGGAAGGAGACAAGGAGAAGAGGAAGCUCCAACUGGACCUGGAGCAGUCGGAGAAGGGCAGAAAGCACCUGGAAAAGGAGAGCUUGAAGAUUCGAACGCUGCUGGAGGCGAAGGAGACAGAACUGGAGGAGAGGACCAGGCGACUGGGUAACGUGCAGAAGGAAGGCGGGGCUCUGAGUAAGGAGGUGGACAGGUUGAAGGAGGUGGCGGUGAAGGCCAAAGAGCUCGAGCGGGAGAAUAAGGAGCUGCAGAAACAGGCGACUAUUGACAAGAGAACUCUGGCUACCCUGAGAGAGGAGCUGGUGUCGGAGAAGCUGAGUGUUCAGCAGCAGAGUGUUGAGUUGGAGAGACUCAGUGAGGAACUGGAGAAGAUUGGACUGAACAGAGAAAAACUGCUGCAGCAGGAGCACACGCUGGAGGACAGCAGGUACAGGCUGCUGGAGUCUCGGCUUGAGGAAACUGUCCAACAGACGAUGAAGAUCAAGGAGGAGAAGAUUUCUAAUCUGGAAAAGAAGCUCCAGGAGAGCAACACACUGAACGCUACGCUGCGCGCUGAGCUCUCUCCUGCUCAUAAGACAGUGUCUGCCCGAAGUCAGGAACAGAGGGAGGAAGAAAACCAUCAGCGCUCAGGCUGCAACCGGGGUCAAGGGUCGGCCACUGCUGAGCUUCUCCGAAUCAAAGAUCAUCUUAUUGAUGUAGAAAAGAAUAAUGCCUCGCUGCAGACAGAGAGCAGUCUGUUAAAGGAGCAGCUCAAACAGCUGGACAACCAGAACACUUCUCUUAACAACCAGAUGGCAGCACUGCAGCGACACGCCACCACCCUGCAGGAACAGAAUUCAGCCUUACACACACAGACGGCAAAGCUGCAGGUGGAGAACUCCACGCUCUCCUCUCAGAGUGCGUCCCUCAUGGCCCAGAAUGCCGUGCUGCAGGGCCAAGUCACCGCCUUGGAGACAGAGGUGGAGUCGUGGCAGCGGCAGCGCGAGGAAGCGUGGCGCGGUCGAGAGAGUGUGCUCAGCGACCACGAGCGGCUGCUGAGUGUUCAUGAGAGGCAAGCGCACGAGUACGAGCAGCUGAUCAGUCAGCAUGCGGCGCUGAAAUGCAAACAGAGGGGGCUGGAGGGCGAACACAGGACGCUGCACAGCAAGUAUUGUGUUUUGCUGCAGCACAAGGAGAAAUGGGAGGAGCAGGAGGGGCGAGGUCAGAAAGAGAAGGAGGAACUGAAACAGGAGAUCCAGAAGACUCGGCUACUGCAGCAAGAGAAUCUGCAGCUGAAAACAGAAGUGGACAGAUUGACAGAGAGCCAGUCACAGCACUCGGAGAAGAGCGAAGGACUUCAGCAGCGUCUGAAUGAGCUCAAGAGCACAGUGAGCUCCGCCCAGCUGGAUGCGAGUAGAUGGAUGGCACGACACGAUUCACUGAUGGAGCAGCACCAGGGCCUGGAUUUGACCAUGACCAAACUGGACAACCACUGUGAGCUGCUGAGUCGACUAAAAGGGAACCUGGAAGAGGAGAACCACCACCUCCUGAGUCAGAUCAACCUGCUGAGUCAGCAGAACCACACUCUGCUGGAGAGGAGCAUGGAGAGCAAAGAGCUGUAUCACCAGGAGCAGAAACUCUACAUCGACAAGCUGAAUUCUCUUCGUCGACAAAAGGAGAAACUGGAGGAGAAGAUCAUGGACCAGUACAAGUUCUACGACCCGACGCCGAAAAAGAGGAGUCAGUGGUCUGGAGCCAAAGCUUUAGUCAAACUGAUCAAACCCCGAAAGGAGAGCAGCCGGGAGAGAGGGAGCGACCGAGACAAGGACGGGGGCAAGGAGAAGGAGAAGGAGCGAGCGAAGGUUGCCCCCGAUAUCCCUCUACCCGCCCUGCCCCCAAUCCUCCCCCCCGAGACACCGCCCCCUCUUCCCCAGCGGAUGGGAAGUGACUCGCAUGAUGGUGGCCAUGCUCACAGUAACCAUAACAACCACCCCACAAGCCCCAGCCUGGGGCCCCAGAGUCCGGCACCACUCACACCCAUCGGCCGAGGUUUGACCGACAGGGGCCAGGGAGUUUAUCGUAGCAGCACUCCAGGAGGCAGCAGCGAGAGUGUCAACGGAGAAGAUGGACACGGACAUGGUCAGACCCAUAAAGCUCUGAACUCCACUCCAAACCACCAGUCGUCCUUAUUGAGCCUGACCAACAGUUCCAGCUCCAGAAUGGGACAAGGCCCCGGCCGCAGGCCCAGAGGUCUGUUAUUUGACGAAGACUCUUCCCACAAUACCUCUGACUCCGUGUUUGGUCACCAUGGCAACAUGGGAGGUCGCCCAGGAUCUGCAGACUUCAGCCACAACACCUCCAGCUCCAACUCACCUGUCAAUUGCAGAGACUCGCUGGACUGUCAGGGUCGCUCAGCCAGCCUGUCAAGUGACGACGUCAUGGGUCUCAGCCGAUCACAGCAGACCCUGUCGCGUAGCUCCACCCUUCCGUACGACCACGCGCCCCAGAGGGCCCAACCUCAGCGCGGUGGCGUGGUCAGGACCAGGACUCGGCCAUCGUCACCUGGAAGUGAGAUGGUGACCCUGGAACAGUUUCUUCACGAGAGCAACGUGAAGUCACCACCUGUGGUCUCGACAGGAAGCAGGGAGGACUUGAUGACGGACUAUUUCACCAGAAGUCCCGCCCCAUCAGCGCCCACUAGCAGAGAUCACGUGACUCCCACCAGUUACGUCACGCCCACUGUACAGCAAUCCAACCAGAGGCCGGGCCAGAGCGUGAAGCCUUUGCCACGCCAACCUGUCGGCCAGUCCCCAUCCUCGGGCCCAGCCCUCAGCCAGAGAACCACCAAAUCGCUUAGCCGGGCGUUCAGCUUGGCCUCGGCUGAUUUGCUGCGCUCCAGUGGACCAGACAGUUUCCGUGGGAAUGAGGCUUCUCCUGGCCAAUCGGAUGUGGUGGUCCGACGACAGGGCGGGGGAUCAAACGGGAGAGAACGGCCACUCUCUGCCCGCCUGGCCGGUUCGACCAAUCAGCUUGGAGAUGGCAGCUUCCUGAACCCUCCCAUUCACCACUCGUCCUCUCUCAAUCUGCAGACGGAGAGAUACAACGAGCGAGAGAGAGAGCGAGGGAGGACGCCUACGUCCCGGAACAGCCCAACCUACCAUCACCGCGGCGAGGUCGCCAUGGUGACCCCCGUCAGGGCUGUACCUGCCACACAGGCCAAUGAUGCCUCUGAGCACCGGGAGGUGUUGAGGGAAGAACAGUCCGGCGACUCCUCCCACUUAAAGAAAGGUGAGGGAGCGGAAUGUGACAAUGUCGAGCGCCCAAAAAGCACACCGGCAUCCCCUGACCCCAACAAUGACCCCCAGACCGUGUGGUACGAGUACGGCUGUGUCUAAAGCCUGGAACCAAAUACUCUAAACUACAGUCUGCUGGGGCUAAAUGCUGGAACUGUGUGGACUGAGUCCAAACCCUCAGACACAUGUUAACAGUCUCUGGACUGAGGUCUUUGUAAUGUGGCUAAAUCUUAGAACUUUGAAGUCUGUGGUUCCACUGCGGCGUUGACCACUGGAAGUCUCUGGGUAGGGCUUUGUCACAUUUAAAAAACAUCUCAGCGUGAAGGACUUCAGUUUCUACUUCCUGGAACAAACCUGAAGAUAAACCAACCAAACCCGAUUCCGUUCACCACCCGGUAACACAGCCGAUUAAAAGAGUCCGUUUCCACUCGCUACCACCAUCUGGAGCCGAAUCUCUCUGAGUCAAUUGCCAUAUCCAUGGAUGGGUUUUUUUUAAGAUAUAGACAUGAACACCACAACACUAAAGUCUUUCCGCUGUUUUAUUAUCAGUGUGAUCAAGCAAACAGCCUCAGCCCAUAGGAUGGACAACAGAGCCACCGAAGGAGCCGAUUGUGUUUUUUAAAUGGUGUUACUGUUAUUGGCUGCGUGAAAGAUGAAUUGUGGAUGUUGUGACCACAUGUUGAACAAGAUGUAAAAUUUUAAAAGACUUUCUUGAAAUGGAGACGGAAACCGCAAGUGUGAGAAUCCACAACAUUUACAGCCGAGUUGUGGACCGCAACACUAGGAACGCGCUUGUCUAUGAGCUGGAACUCUUGGACUGCUGACCGACGCACAGUCUGGCCCUGCUGAUGUUAACCUGGCUGCCACCAAUGCGGCAGAAUGAACCCUCACUGAGAGUAACUGGACGAACAGAAGCACCAGAGCAACUGAAUGUAUCAGAUUGUGUAUUUUUUUUUUUUCAUGUCCUCUUCCUCCUCUCCUCCGCUGUGUAGAAACACUGGAAACAUCCAGAGAGCAAAUGGAGGGAUUAAAGCCAAGAGAUAGACGAAGCAAGUGGAGGAAAAGAGGGUGUAGAAAUGGAGGCUAGAAAAAAAAUGGAGGGAUGCUGGGAUGGACACGGAUGAAGGGACAGAUAUAGAGACGGAUGGAGUGAUGAGAGGAUGAAGAGAUAAACAAGACAAAGAUGGGAGAGCCCCACCCAGUGAAAUUACAGUCUUUCUCCCACCAUCUUUAGAUUCUGUCCCAGCAUGCAACACUCUGACACUUUACUGGAAAUGUUGCUCUGUCCGAGCCAACACUAGUUUUACACGCCGAACACACACACACACACACACACACACACACACACACACACACACACACACACACACACACACACACACACAGUAUAUAUAACGAUAUAUACAGGCAGGCAUUGUCCUUGUGGGAGUUGGUUGUGGCUUUUCUAACCAUUGGACUGGACUUAAUUCACACACACACAAACACACACACACACACACACACUGCAUGCUAACUUAGCUAAAGAGUUGCAGGCGCUGCACAGCAGAGACGGACUCACUGUGAUCUGUAGACUCGUGUUGCUCAUGCAAUGAAUUCACUUUUGCAACAGUUCAGAGUUUCACGAGAGAGGACCGAAGUGCGCGUUUGGCAGAUUGCACUGCGAGUGAACGUACCCGUUGCGUGAUGAGAACAAACUCAUCCAAGUGCGUCUGGUGAAUCUGUGACUUUGGUGCACAUUGGACUUUAAGCAUAUGCUGUGUUAUGUCAUGUUGACUAACAUAGCUACUUAGUUAGCAUCCCAUGAGCAGGAGUUGGUGAAGCAUUUCUUUUCUUCCCUAGGAGCUGGGUCGAGUUUGUCAACUGGCAAAGAAAUGAGUCCGCAUUUCAAUAUGAAGCAGCAAAUCUCCAAAUAUUCUCAAGUACAACUACACCAGCAUGAAGUGAUCAGUGUGUGAUUAUAUGUCUUUUCAAUGAUGUAUCGCUAUGGUCCAAGUUCACCUGCUCCAAAUAACUCCUCGACACCUUCGCUAUGACUCGGGGGGGGGGGGGGUUAGGCCCCGUGGUUACGCACAGCCGACCACGCCAGAGAAUGAAGGUGUCCGUUUUCGACACUGAAACCCUCCGUUGCGUCUCGUCCGUGUCUCGCGGCUACACAGUUUCCACAUUAUGAAGUUUUCACUAAACCACUUCAGUGUGACGUCGUCACCUUUUCUCAGAUGCAUCACUUCUCUUUUCUGACUGAAGGUCAAACACGAGUCACGUUGCCAUCACCAUUCAUGACAUUUGGGGGAGUUUUUACACGUGGUGAACAGAGAGAAGAAGAGGACGGAGGAAUGAAUCAAAGUGUUCCUCGGCGGUAAAUGAAAAAAGGAAAAAAAAGCAUCUCACGAUACUGACACUGAUCCACUGAUCCACUGACAUUUUGUCUGUACUGCUUUUAGUGAACACACAUCUGUCCUCCACUGCGGCGCAGAGAGGAGGACGAGGAGGAAGAUGUAAUACUGGAGUUGAGUCCAUCACUAACCUUUCCACUCACCCUCUGAACAAAAAAGCACACGACAAUAUGCAACGAGCUAAAUUAUUUUACCUGUAACAUUUGUACAUGAUGUUAGAUUUUAUAAAGUGGUCACAUGUCAGGAGACCAGCAAUACAUUUUGUAAAAUCUUUGCUGGAACUUGACCUCCAAAAUGUUUGUUGAUACCAAAACUAAUUCCUGUAAACUGGUAAAACUCUGUGAUUCCACAGUAAAACUUUGAUAGCUUUAGAUCAUUUUUUAGUUUUGAAUUCAUUUGGAAGUAGUAGCGAGAUGAAGUGACCUGAUGUGAAACACUGUAGGUUGUUGCUGUCUGUAAGUUUGUCUGUUAACCUGUUGUGGGAUGUUUCCCAAAGCCCUUCAGAACAUUUGUGUGUGUGAGAGUUUUCUAAUGUCAAAAUCUGGGGGAAAUGACUCACAGAAGCAAUUUUCUUUUGACUGAAACAACACCAUGGCCCACACUCGCUUCAUGCAGGUGUGAUUGCAUUAUUACCACGUCAUUGGUUUUCUGGAAGGUGUGUGUGUGUGUGUGUGUGUGUGUGUGUGUGUGUGUGUGUGUGUGUGUGUGUGUGUGUGUGUGUGUGUGCGUGUGUGCGCGUGCGUGCGCGCGCGCGCGCGUGCGCGUGUGCGUGCGCAUCUGCCUGCUUUGCUGACUCUACCUGUCCGCCUGCCUUAAUGUCCCAAAAAACGUGGCGUCUUCCUUCCACGAAAACCUCUGUGAUCACUGUCUCUUGGCUCCUGUGUCUUAGCACUGCUGUGCAAACUUUACUGAAGAAAAGAAAAGAAACAUAACUGGUAUAAAGGUCACACGAGGGAAGUGAAAGCAGAAGGUGAAGUGGAGCUGACGUCACAGACAUGUCCUGCUCUGACUGGAAUAACUGCUACUGUAACUGAGGAGGCUGGUGUCAUGACACCCAGAAGCUUUUCUUCCUUUUCUAAUAAAGAUUUCUGAAAUUGAA